UCGGCUGCACGAUUACACAAGUGAAUAACCGUAUUGGUAAUGAAGGUGUAAACCGUGGAGCGCCUUACGCUGUAACGUUUGUGCAAUGAGUUUCUUACGAUGAUUUACCCGUUUACAGCGCUGUAGUCUAAGUUAGUAGUACAGGAAAUAAUACUACUCUGCUGCAGGAACCGGCGGCGGAGUCUCAGCUCUGCCAAGCUUUCUCUGUUCCAGAAGAACAACAAUUGUCCAGCAUGGCAGACAGUGAGAUGAUUGAAAGGAUGAUAGCUGAAGAACUGAGCCAAUUGGACCCCUUAGACCUGGAGUUUGUGUCUUCUGGAGAUGAAGACGUCUCUGAUGGCGUGGAUGACAGCAGAGACCCGGUUCCCGAUACCAUUCCGGAGUCACUUCUCAUAUGUCUGGAGCUGAACAGGAAAAGACUGAGUGCUAUUGAAGAAGUGAUUCUUGAAGACCUAGAAAAACAUAACUCGGUGAACACCAGGGGUUCAGAACAUUAUAAAGACAUUUUGCAGGGGAUAGCUUCAGAACUCCAUGAAGACCCCGUCCAGCUCAAAGAACGAAUUAUGUCUCAAAUAGAGGAAGAGGAGUUACACCCCCACCGCUGUAUGACAUGUCCUGUUGAUGUUUCUGAAGGAAAGUUAACAGAUGAAGACAGCACUUAUAUGGAAACUGAGAAGUUGUUCCACCUUGAACUGGAGAAUCUAGAGAAGAAGCUAAAGGAAGAGGGCAAAAAGAGGCACGAGGAGUACAGAAAACUGACAGAACAAUUUCAGAAAGCGGAAAGAGAAGAGGAGGAGAAGAGGAGAAGCAGACAUAGGAAUUUUCAGAAAGAGUUGAAGAGUAUAGAAGAGAACAGCAUAAUGCAACAGAGGAAUGGAGAAGACUUAUUACAGUUUGAAUUAUGCCAGCAGGAGAAACUAAUUGCAGAACUCCAGAAAUCCAUGGAGGAGGAGAGACAAGCAUUUGAAGUAGCCCAAGCCCGGGAGCAGCAGAGGAUUGAUCAGAUGUGGUACAGAGCAGCUACUGUGGUCCAGGCAAGCAUCCGGGCAUUCCUGGUGCGCAAACGGACCCAGGUGCUACUCAACCAAAAGAGAGAAGAGAGAAUGAAGAGACAGCAGCUAUGCCUAGGAAGAGAGAAGAUUGAAAGGGAGGAGAAGCUCAGUAGAGACAUGGAGGAACAGAUGAUGAGAAAGGAAGAGGGGGAGGGGAGAAUCAGACAGGAAAAUAGGGAGGAGCUCAGCAGAGAGAUGGAGGAUCAGAAUAUCAGAGAGGAGAAGGAGGAGAGGAGAAUUAGACAGGAGAAUGAGAUGAUAAAGAGAAAGGCAGAGGAGCAGAAGGUCAGAGAGGAGAAGGUGGAGAGUAUAAUCACACAGGAGAAUGAGAAGGUACGAAGAAAGAUGGAGGAUCAUGAGAUCACAGAAGAGGAGAAGAGAAUUAGACGGGUGAAUGAAGAGAAGCUCAGAAGAGAUAUGGAGGAUAAGAAAACCACAGUGGAAGAGGAGGAGAACAAUAUCAGUCAGGUGAAGGAGAAGAUGAGAAGAAAGAUGGAGGAUCAGAAGAUCAGAGAGGGGGAAGAGAGAAUUACACAGGAGAAUGAGGAAAAGCUCAAGAGAGAGAUGGACAAAGAGAUGAUCAGGAAGGAGGUGGAGGAUAGGAGAAUCAGACAGAAGAAUGAGGAGGACCUCAGCAGAGAGAUGGAGGAGCAGAAGGUCAGAGAGGAGGAGAUGGAGAGUAGAAUUACACAGGAGAAUGAGGAAAAGCUCAAGAGAGAGAUGGACAAAGAGAUGAUCAGGAAGGAGGUGGAGGAUAGGAGAAUCAGACAGAAGAAUGAGGAGGACCUCAGCAGAGAGAUGGAGGAGCAGAAGGUCAGAGAGGAGGAGAUGGAGAGUAGAAUUACACAGGAGAAUGAGGAAAAGCUCAAGAGAGAGAUGGACAAAGAGAUGAUCAGGAAGGAGGUGGAGGAUAGGAGAAUCAGACAGAAGAAUGAGGAGGACCUCAGCAGAGAGAUGGAGGAGCAGAAGGUCAGAGAGGAGGAGAUGGAGAGUAGAAUCACACAGGAGAAGGAGAAGGUACGAAGAAAGAUGGAGGAUCAUGAGAUCACAGAAGAGGAGAAGAGAAUUAGACAGGUGAAUGAAGAGAAGCUCAGGAGAGACAUGGAGGAUAAGAAAACCAAAGUGGAGGAGGAGGAGAACAGUAUCAGUCAGGUGAAGGAGAAGAUUAAAAGAAAGAUGGAGGAUCAGAAGGUCAGAGAGGAGGAAGAGAGAAUUACACAGGAGAAUGAGGAAAAGCUCAGGAGAGAGAUGGACGAAGAGAUGAUCAGGAAGGAGGUAGAGGAUAGGAGAAUCAGACAGAGGAAUGAGGAGGAGCUCAGCAGAGACAUGGAGGAUCAGAACAUCGUAGAGGAGGAGGAGAGGAGAAUUAGACAGGAGAAUGAAAAGGUAAAGAGAAAGGCGGAGCAGAAGAUCAGAGAGGAGGAGGUGGAGAGUAGAAUUGGAUGGGAGACUGAGAAGUUACGGAGAAAGAUGGAGGAUCAUAAGAUCACAGAAGAGGAGAAGAGAAUUAGACAGGUGAAUGAGGAGAAGCUCAGAAGAGUAAUGGUGGAUAAGAAAACAACAGUGGAGGAGGAGGAGAACAAAAUCAGUCAGGUGAAGGAGAAGAUGAGAAGAAAGAUGGCGGAUCAGAAGAUCAGAGAGGGGGAGGAAAGAAUUAGACAGGACAAUAAGGAGAAGCUCAGAAGAGCGAUGGAGGAAGAGAUGAUCAGAAAGGAAGUAGAGGACAGGAGAAUCAGACAGGAGAAUGAGGAGCUCAACAGAGAGAUGGAGGAUCAUAACAUCAGAGGAAAGGAGGAGAGAAAAAUUAGAGAGGAGAAUGAGAAGGUACAGAGAAAGGUGGAGGAUCAUAAGAUCAGAGAGGAGGAGGAGACAGUUAGACAGGAGAAUGAGGAGAAGCUCAGGAGAGGGAUGGAGGAUCAUAAUAUCAAAGUGGAGGAAGAGAACAAAAUCAGACAGGUGAGGGAGGAGAUGAGAAGAAAGAUCGAGGAACAGAACAUCAGAGAGGAGGAGGAGAGGAGAAUUAGACAGGAGAGUGGGAAGAUGAGGAUAAAGAUGAAUGAUCAUAAAAUCAGAGAGGAGAGAAUUAGACAGGAGAAUGAUGGGAAGCUCUGGCGAGGGAUGGAGGAUCACAAUAUUAAAGUGAAGGAGGAGGAGAACAAAAUCAGUGAGGUGAGGGAAAAGAUGAGAAGAAAGAUGGAGGAACAGAAAAUCGGAGCAGAGGAGGAGGAGAGGAGAGUCAGACAGGAGAAGGAGCAUUAUGAGAGAGUGGGUAAUCUAAGGAGAAAUUUGGUGGAAGAGCAGGUCAGUGAGGAGAGGAGAACCAUACAGGAGAAGGAAUACAGUACCAAGCAGGAGAAGCUCAGCAGGGGUCUGAAGGAACCAGAGAAAGUAGAAAAGAUCUGGAUGCUCAAACAGGAGCAGGUUCAGCUGAACAAAGAUGUGCAGAGAAUGGAUGAGAAGGGACAACGAGAACGGGAUGAACUAGAGGCCAAUCCAAGAAUGGAGAGCAGGUGUGUAGCAGAGGGUGGAAGGAAACAAAAUAACAUAAAAGAAGACGCACUCAGAAGAAUUCAGCAAGUGCUGCGGAGGAGCACUGGUGAGACACAGGAAGCAGGAGAUCAGUUCCCUGUGGAGGAGCUAGUGGCACUCGAUUCUUGGGAAGAAGGUGGGCCACAGUGUUACAGAGAAAUUAAACAUUUUCACAAUACAUUUUUGAAUGAGAGGAACCAAGCAGGUGUGAAGCACUUAGGUAAAAGCGAUUCCUUGUUGUUGGGUCUAAAAGAUCAAGAAGGACCACGCGAGUCUCAGCAGAGUUGUUCUCCGCAUAGUGUCAGAGCAUCGUUCAGCAUCAGUCCUGCGAUGGAGUGUUUAGCUCCAGAAAGCAGAGGGGUAACAGAUGGCACAGAGAGCAGGUGUGGUGUCACCAGCUGGUGUGCCAAGCCGGCUGGUUCUGGAGAGCCCACGGCCGCUGGCAGCGUGCACUCAUCUACUUGGGAACGCUCCCAUCUGCCUGAUGGCACGGAGCAGAAGAGGCUGGGAUGGAUGAAGACUUGCACUCCCUGGUCCCGACUGGCCACGUGGAACAAGAGGAAGGCUCCAGCAGACAGGAAGGUGGUGAGACGAGGCCCGGUGAGCCGUCUGCCUCCACUCAGUGUGGACACCAUUCUUGGUCCCGGAGCCCAGACUUCUCUGACGCAGGUCACCACUGUAACUCUUGAAGAUUUGCCAGGCUGCAGUCUGUCUACCUUGUCUGAGUGCACUAAACUCCAAGCACUGACACUUAGAAGAUGUGGACUUGAGGCUUUAGAAGGUAUUAGCAGGUGCAAGGACCUCAAGUAUAUUGACGUACAGGAAAAUGCCAUCAAGUUUGUGAAUUGUGAGAAUCUGGAGAACCUUCGAGUUCUGCUCUUGAGUGGGAAUCAGCUCACAUCCAUUCAUGGUCUUGAGAGUGCCGUGAACCUGGAUGUACUUGAACUGUCCCAUAACAGAAUCUCUCGAAUUGGUGGUUUAAAGUCUUUCAAGCGACUUCAGAAAUUACUGAUUGAUCACAAUCAAUUAAUCAGCACCAGGGGACUAGGAGAAGUUUACACGCUGUUGCACCUGGACUGCUCCAACAACCACCUUACAAGCCUGGAGGAUAUAGACAGCUGUGCUCUUCUCAGCACCCUGAAGCUCCACGGGAACAAUCUGACGGAGACGCCGUGUUUAAACAGCCACGUCCUGAUGAAGGAGCUCUAUUUAGAUGACAACUGCAUCACGUCCCUUGACGCUUUGUCUGUCAGUUGGCUUCCUAUGCUUCGCCGUAUCUCUGUGUCUCAGAACAGCCUCACCGAGCUGCCCUCACUCUCCGACUGUGUGUCUUUGCAGAGCCUGGACAUCAGUCACAACUGCCUUUCAGAUCUUUUGAAUGUCCAGAAAAGCCUGAAUGGAUGUCUGUGUCUCCAAGAGAUUUAUUUGACUGGGAAUCCUUUUCAGAAGGAAACUACCUGGAGGUCUGCUUUGCUGGAGAUGGUACCCGGCUUAUGGAAGAUUGAUGGCGAGAGCAUUGGCCCACCCCCAGCUCGUGGCACAGAUGGAGGUGGCGACCCAUGGCCCAGUAGUUUCCUGGCCUUCUGUCAAGCCCAGUUUGUGCAGGUGGAGAGAACCAACAGGAAGCACAUGAGUGAGCUCUGUUCCUGCUCACCUGCGGAUGUUCCGUCAACCAUCAUUCGUCACAGCAACGAACUUCUGCUCUUGGCAAUUGAGCAUCACUAUGCCCACGAAUACGGUGACUUCAGCUUGACAGACAAGGCAGAAGGAGAAGUGCACGAUACCCUGGUCAUGGAAUCAAAUCACCACUGCCAUCAGGAAGAUAUCCCUUCUAGCCGCCUGGUCAAAGAAAAUGUCCAAGGCGCAGAAGUUCUUUCCCUGACACACAAUAAUCUGGUCCAGUUGAACCAAGUUCAAGAAACUUCAAAAAAUGAAUGUCAGGACAAGUCAUCACAGGAGGAUCUGCAAUAUUCGGCCAAUACCAUGGGGGAAAAGAGAGAAAGUGACAGUCUAGACAAUGUCGACAGCUUUCAUGUCAGUGCUUCCCAGUACCACACAGAGAGCAGAGGCAAAACUCUCAAACCAGCCGGGAAGGUCCCCCAGCCAGAUCUGAAGCUGAACCUCAAACAAAUGGCUGCUGUGAUUAUUCAGAGUUACUGGCGAAGGUACAGAUGUUGUAAGACUAUUCCUCCAGAGGGACAUGUCUCAAGACGGGACUGUGUUUGCACUGAGGCCAUGUGUGCAACCAGAGCCACUGUGGAUCAGGAAUGGGCAGCCACUGUUAUUCAGGCUGUUUGGAAGGGUUAUGUGUUGAGGAAAAGGCUCUCGGUGGCGCUGGCCUUGGCCCAAAUCAACGAGCCCGAGGAGGACUUUGAUGAGGUGGACGUGGAUGAAUUUACACUUGAUGAGGCUGCCUUAGAGGAGGGCUGGGUAAACCUGGAUCCAAAACAUCUCGAGAGCACAACGCUGCCUUUCUCCCACCAGCUGCUUCAGACAAAGUCACUGGUGAAUAAGUACACAACAGUGAAGGGAGGAGCCUCUGUGCCGCUUGAGAUGCCCAGGCAAGCUUGGCCAAGUUCAGAAGCUGAGAAGAUGCCAUGCUGGUCUUCAAGCACCUCAAUCAGAAGUUACGGCGGAUCAAGCAGAACUUCUAAUUCUGGAGUCUCUACUUUAUCUGAAAAAGCGGAAAAAAUAUUGCAAGAUUGGGGAUUCACAGACAGCCAUACAGCUCAUCUGAUGCUGAAAAGGGCACAGAAAAUGAGGUCUGAGAGGAAUAGGAAACUGUUGGGUCCAGCUGCCCGUCUGGCACUGUUCAAGAGAAACAAAAAUAAACUGACCCCCAACAAGACACCGAAGAAAGCCUCUCCAGAAAAAACAGACUACUUUAAAGAGCGAGAGCCUCCACAAGCUGCCACAGAGGACCCAAGGUGGGCGAGCAGAGCUUGGACCAACGAGUGGCUUCACAAACAAGCAGCCGAUGCUUCCUCACAAAGUAACCAUUUCCUCCCAGAGAUUGACCCUGAUGUCCUCAACGGCAAGAGAGUUCAGCUGGUGGCUGCUUCCGGAUACAAGGACGGGCCGCACCAAGAGGGCAGCUCCGGGUCCAGCACCGCAACUUUGUCUGUGCCUCGGCGAGACCACUGCCCUGCACGAAGACACUCAGCAGGACCUGCAAGGAAAGAGGCACCUGCUUCAGGAGGGCUCAACUCCUGCCCACCCAAAAACGAGCGCAUCUCAUUCCGGGACAACCCAGUUCGACUUAGUGCUGGCUGGGGAAGUGGCAAGAAGAGGUCCAGACCGGGCAAGUAGCUUCUGCUGCUCGCGUCUGUGUUGGAAAGACAGGAUACCUCUGAUGUGUGACAGGGACUUCAUUAAAAACCAUAACCAUAGUUAGUGUAGAAAAAACACAAGAGGUCAUAUCUUAUUAAAGGUAAUGGGACCUUAUUAACUUUUCUGUUUUCAGGACUCUAGUGGUUUUCUCAUUUGUCUUAACCCUCUAACCGAAUGUUACUUUGAGGGAUCAUUUGAAGUUUGAAUCUUUUUUGAAGAAGUGCCUGCAGUGUCCACUGUUUUGCUUUUGUCAUUUUUCUGUCAGCCUGUGGCACAGCUUGCUGUUGUAUGAAUUGUUCAUGGUUGCCAUGUUUAUUUGCGACUAAUAUCCUGCCCCUGUAACUCACAUUAAUAAUUUGAGACACUUCCAGUUACGCUCUGUUAUUAUACACUUUAUAGUUUUAUAAAAAGUAAUGUCUAUUACCACAACUUGUCAGCAAUUAAUGUAAUAUUUGUUAAAAUCAUCUGUAAUUGUGGGAGUGCAAGUCUUUCUGAACAACUUUGCUUACAGGAAAAAUUUGUAAUAAGGAGACGUGACUGAUGGUCAUGAUCAAUUGGCCAUAUGUGUAUUGAUUAGCAUGAAUGCUCCAGCUCAGUCCCUAUUUCAGCACUGUAGAUAAUUCAAAUAAAGGUACGUAACUGAGAUUGCUGUUUUUAGGUUUAAACUGUCAUUACUUUUUACAAAGAAUGGAAAAACACAUUACAAAUGUGUAACAGCAAAAAAUUGUUUUAAAACUCUACUUACAGUUUACAGAGUAAAAUCUUAAAUUAAUCAAAAAGAGCCAGCAAAAUGUGGUAAUUUGUUUAUGUGUUAGAAGGAAAAAAGCCAGAAAUAAUUCCCAUGGACACUUUGUUCAAGAAGUUUCUCCUUUAUUUCAACACAUUUGUUAUUUUAUGGAAUUAUCACAAUGCUGGAAGAAACCGUCCUGCUGUAAGUGUUCUAAUCCCACUGCAAUAAGGUCGAAUUUUGACACAAGGUUCUAGUCAGUCUUCUCCAUUGCAAUUCACAAUCACAGACAAAACAAUAAAUAAUCAUGUU